AUGGCUGAACCAGAAAAAAAAUCAACACUUACAGAAUUAAAUCCACCACCAGAAUAUAUCAAUCAUCGUAUUAAAAUCUGGGAAGAAUUAAAAACUAAAUAUCAAAAUCAUGUUGCAUCACAACCACAAGUUGAUAUUACAAUAACUUUACCUGAUGGAAAAGCAUUACCUGGUAAAUCUUGGAAAACAACACCAAAUGACAUUGCUAUGGGCAUUAGUCAAGGAUUAGCAGCUGCAACUGUUAUUGCAAAAGUUAAUGAUGAAUUAUGGGAUCUUGAUCGACCAUUUGAAAAAGAUUCAACAUUACAAUUAAUUAAAUUUGAUGAUGAACAAGGAAAACAAGUAUUUUGGCAUUCAACAGCUCAUAUUAUGGGUGAAGCAAUGGAAUUAUGUUAUGGCGGUUGUUUAUGUUAUGGACCACCCAUUGAACAAGGUUUCUAUUAUGAUAUGUAUCUUGAAAAUCGAACGGUAUCAGGUCUUGAUUAUGAACAAAUCGAAAAGACAAUGAAACGAAUUACUAAAGAAGAACAACCAUUUGAACGAUUAGAAAUUUCCAAAGAAGAUCUAUUACGUUUAUUUGGAUAUAAUCCAUUUAAAGUUCGUAUUCUUAAUGAAAAAGUUCAUACACCUACAACAACUGUUUAUCGAUGUGGUCCAUUAAUUGAUCUUUGCCGUGGUCCACAUAUUCGUCAUACAGGAAAAGUUAAAGCUUUUGCAGUUACAAAAAAUUCAUCAACAUAUUGGGAAGGUGAUCAAACACGUGAAACCUUACAACGGAUAUAUGGAAUUUCAUUUCCCGAUGCAAAACAACUUAAAGAAUGGAAAUUUAUUCAAGAAGAAGCAGCAAAACGAAAUCAUCGAAAAAUUGGUGUCGAACAAGAACUCUUCUUCUUUCAUGAAAUGAGUCCUGGUUCAUGUUUCUUUUAUCCCAAAGGAGCACUUAUUUAUAAUAAACUUAUUGAAUUUAUCCGAGGUGAAUAUCGUAAACGUGGUUAUCAAGAAGUUAUUUCACCAAAUAUGUACAAUUCAAAAUUAUGGAAAACAUCUGGACAUUGGGAUCAUUAUUCAGACGAUAUGUUUAAAAUCGAAAUUGAAAAGGAAACUUUUGCACUUAAACCAAUGAAUUGUCCAGGACAUUGUCUUAUGUUUUCAUCACGUCUUCGUUCAUGGAGAGAAUUACCAUUACGUAUGGCUGAUUUUGGUGUUUUACAUCGUAAUGAAGCUUCAGGAGCUUUAACUGGUCUUACACGUGUACGACGAUUUCAACAAGAUGAUGCCCAUAUAUUUUGUACUCAAUCACAGAUAAAAGAUGAAAUUGAAAGUUGUUUAGAUUUCUUAAAGCAUGUUUAUGGUAUAUUUGGUUUUACAUUUGAAUUAAAAUUAUCAACAAGACCUGAUAAAUUUUUGGGUGAAGUUGAAACAUGGAAUCGUGCUGAAGGUCAACUUGAAUUAGCACUUAAGUCAUUUGGUGCUCCAUGGAGUCUUAAUCCAGGUGAUGGUGCGUUUUAUGGACCCAAAAUUGAUAUUACAAUUCGAGAUGCUUUGAAACGUGCUUAUCAAUGUGCAACAAUUCAACUUGAUUUUCAAUUACCAUUACGUUUUCAACUUCAAUAUCAAACAGAGGAACAAGGUACACUUAACACACCAGUUAUUAUUCAUCGAGCUAUGCUAGGUUCAAUUGAACGUAUGAUCGCUAUUCUCACAGAAUCAUUUGGUGGAAAAUGGCCUUUCUGGUUAUCACCACGUCAAAUGGCGAUUGUACCUGUUGGUCCAUCAUUAGAUACUUAUGCUCAAGACCUUCAAAAGAAAUUUUGGGCUGCUGGUUUUCAAGUUGAAUGUGAUUUAGAUCAUGGUACAACAUUAAAUAAAAAAAUUCGAAAUAAUCAACUUGCUCAAUAUAAUUUUAUUGGCGUUGUUGGUGAAAAAGAAGGAACAAAUGGUACAAUUAAUAUUCGUACACGUGACAAUAAACAACAUGGUGAAUUUUCAAUCGAUGACGUUAUUAAACGUUUUAAAGAACUAGCUGAAACACGUACAAAUCAUGCUGAGGAUGAAUUUGCUGGUUCCGCAGUAGAUAGUAAUGUUGCAGGAGCAACAUCAAAAUUAGAAACUGCAAAACUUUCUGAAGGUCACGAUGAACCGCAACAAUAA